UAGCGACGGAGCAAGCUCGCCUCGGGCGCGUUGGGUUUCUUCCCCUUAUCGACUGUGGUGACGCUGGCUUCACUGGCGGCGGCUGCGUUAUAAAGCCCCCGCUCCCUCUCAGCGAGGUAACUGAAGGAAAGGCAGUCCGCUUCGGGCGGCGGGCAGAGGUGGUAACAGGAUCUGAACCUCGUCCACAACUCCUGUGAAGCCGCUCGGACGGUGAAAGCGAAAACGGGAAGGGGUGGGGGUCGUUGGAUCAUCCGUGUUCUUCCAAAACGCAAACAGGAACCGUGGUAGAGCCUGUAAAUCAGAUCCGACUGACACACGGUCGCUCCUCGUAUCAUGUCUCUCACCUGGCGAUGGCAUCUCAACUGUCCUGCGGUUUGAUCUUCAGGAUCCUGCUCCCACUCUGUCUCCUGUCAGCUAUUUCUUUCCGGUACAAUGGGUUCUCGGUCGUCUAUCUCAUCUUUCUCCUUCUCUUGCCACUGUUCUCUGAACCUACCACCAUCACAAUGCAAGGGCACACAGGCUGUCUCCUCAAAGCUUUGUGCAUCACCAGCUUUACCUUCCUGUUGCUUCAGAUGGGAUUUCAAACAAUGUUCUUUUACAUACAGAACAACGGGACAGCUUGGGAGAAUGCCCUGCAGCAAAUAGGAAUAGUCAGGUUGAAAGAAGCCGGUGCUGGAAAUGGGAUUCGCCUGGUUUUCCCAGACAUUGGAAUUUUGAUUGGAAGCUUGGCUGCUUUAAUUGUGUGUAGGAAAUUGUUGGUUGUUCCCAGGAUGGAUAGUGGAGAUCAAGAUCAUGCCUGGGACGUGGAUCAGUCUGGGAGUGAGGAAGAAGUGUACGGUAUAGAAUCUGAAGAAGAAAGGUGCUCGGACUCACAAUCUACAGAGAAUGAAGAGGAUGAUGAAGAAGAAGAAGAAGAAGAAACACUGGCCGAAGAUAAGGAAGGCAACAAACAAAGAUUCACUCAGAGACUAGCUUUAUUAAUGAUGGGGAUGAAGGAGUUGAUCGGAAAUCUGAUAACUACAGCAGGGAAAGCUGUUGUUACUGUCCUAUUAGGCUUUGCAGGUAUUGUACACCCAUCUGUCCUCUCUGCAGUUUACUUCUUCACCUUCCUGGGCUUGGGGUCCUGGUGGGCAUGUGCUCGAUUCUAUGGCCUCUUCUUCUUCAGACACUUGUGCCUGUUGAUGUUGUUCUUCAGUGGUGGACACCUGGUCCUGAUCUACAUCUACCAGCUGCCACUCUUCCAGGGGCUACUCCCACCCAACAAUUUUUGGAUGAGAUUGUUUGGAUUGACGGCGGUGAUUCACAACGACCUCUCGGAACCGUGGCAAUUAAUGACCCACCCAGGGCUUCACUGGCCGGUCCUCCUGAACCCCAUUGCCCUCCUCAUUCUGUACUUCACCGUCGCAACUAUAACUCGACACCUUCUCCUCAGCGAAGAAUCUGGGGCUGGAUGUCCAAGGAUGGAACUCAGCUCCGUGCAAAAGCAGACGGACAACGUCGAUGCCGAAGCAAGCUUGCAGGUGGUGGAUGGUGAGAACAAAGAGCAGCCAUUGAUUUAUCCAGGAAGUGACCAGACAGUGGAUUCGGCUGUUCCCUUCCGUGUACGACAAGAGAACAAUAACUGCCUGCCGGUACAGAUGAACUGCACUCCAGAGUACACUUCUUGUUCCUCUGCCUCUGGUGUCUGCCAAGAGAUGGAAAUGUCAGAGGAUGACAUGGGGAAGCCAUCCAGUAGCUUCUCUAUCAUUGGCCACAUGGUGAUGCAGCAGAGCUAUACUUGUGCACUCAUCUUCAUGAUGGUCUGGAGCAUCACCUACAACAGCUGGCUGACCUUCGCCCUUCUGAUCUGGUCCUGCGUGAUCUGGAUGGUCCGGGAUCGGCAGCGCUGGACGAAGCUGAGCUCUCCGGUUCUGGUGAUCUAUGGGAACCUGCUGGUCACUCAGCAGUUCUUUGUGGGCCUGCAGCUCACCGAGGACGAGCUCUUCCCUGGGGUGUCUGAUAACAUCCUCAUCGAUUUUGACCUGAAGAAAUCAAAUACACCGUGUGUGCACCUGGCUGCCAAGAUCUUCUACACUUUAAUGUUCUGGCUCUUGCUGCGUCAGCACUUGAUCGAGAAAGAGGAAAUGAGCAAAAGGACCCAGGGGUCACUCAGUGAGGUCAGAGUUCAGGCAACAGAAGGUACACAGGAGGAUGUGACACUGAUGACAAUGGUCGGAAGUGUUGUUAAGGGAUUAUUGAUAAAAUACUGGAUCUGUUUCUGCACAGCCAUGUUCUUCAUCGUUAGCUUCAAUGGCAGAGUCGUGGUCUACAAGAUUCUCUACAUCAAGCUGUUCCUUUUCUGCGUGGCUUUAUAUCAGAUACAUUAUGACUGGUGGCGCCGGAUCCUGAGGUACUUCUGGAUUGCUGUUGUGUCUUAUUCAAUGGCAGUGCUCAUCGCCAUCUACAUAUACCAGUUUAAGACAGUAUCCUGGCUCUUUCAGCGAACAAUGGGAAUGUCCGAGGACAGUUUGAAGGACCUGGGAUUGGAGCAGUAUGAUACGGCCGAACUGUUUGCUAGUAUCCUUCUUCCUUCAGCCUUCCUCCUGGCCUGCAUCCUCCAGCUUCAUUACUUCCACAAUCCAUUCCUCAGCCUGACUGAUUUAAGGCAUGUCAGUCCCAGCCAAGAUAACAUCAUCUGCAGCAUUAAAGUUCAAGCUAGGAGGCUGAGCAGGAGGUUGAAUGACGAACACAGUGAAAGCAUUAGGAACAGGAGUGACACCUUGGAGAAGCUCAGCUUGGAAGAAAAGAAUCUACGUUUGGAGGUAGAGGUUGAGCCAGAUAAUAAAGGAUUUUACAGUUUAAAUACGAUGGCUGGAACUGAAUUACGUAGCGGCAAAACUCUUCCUGAGCCACAGCAAGCAGAGAAAUCAGAGGAAGUUUUUACUUCGGAAAAAAUGUUCUCUUUAAUGGAACCUAUGAAUGUGAAGAUCGGUACGUUGGAUACCAAAAUGGAUAAAUUGACAAAAGCUAAUGAAUUGUUUGAAAAAACCACCAUUGCUAUUCAGGAGUCUUUGAAGAGUUUGGAAGAUCGAUAUCAGACGCUUAAGCAGAGUACUCACAGAACUGAAAGAGAUUUUGAAUUAAUGGAUCAAUCUAUUAAAAAACAGGAUUUGAAGAUGUCUUUUAUGGAAAAGAAAAUUAAUGAGAAUACUUUGGAACUAUCAAGGAUUAAGAAGAAAAUGAUUGAUUUGGAAAGCAGAAAUUACACGACGAACUUACGUAUACUGGGUUUGCCUGAAAAUACGGAAACCGCAAGCCCUUGUCCCUGGAGUAUGGUGAUUGACAGACUGACCACCCUGUUUCUGAAGUUCCUGGAGUUGGUGAACAAAGCCCAGGUCUUGGUGUGGAGACUGCUGGAACUUCACAUCAUCAAGAUCGUCUCGUCCUUUAUCAUUUGGAUCACACUGAGAGAGGUCUCAUUGAUGAAUUACGUCUUCCUAAUCCUCUGGGUUUUUGCCCUGCCCUAUUCCUCAUUCCGUCCAUUGGCAUCCAGCAUUUCUACUCUAUGGGCUUGUGUCAUGAUUAUCUGUAAGAUGAUGUACCAGCUAAAGGUGGUGAAGAUAUCCAAGUACUCUAGGAACUGCACUCUGAAUGGAAGCCAGGAGCUGCAGUCCACGUCUGCUCUGUACGCAGGACCCAUUGACCCUGUGUCUUGGUAUGGAGCACUGAGGAAGUGUGAAGAUGAUGUCCUGCCCUGCCUGCAGAGCCACCUGAUUAUCCUGGGUUUGCUGGCAUUCGAAGUGACUGUUUAUCGCCAUCAGCAGUACUACAGGCUCCAGAAAGGGUUAAAGACACCCUUGACAGGGACCCUGCUGGACAACAUCACUCGGCUACAUUUGGAUGAUGGAUUAUGGAACUGCAUCAAAUACUUUAUAAACUAUUUCUUCUACAAGUUUGGGCUAGAGAUCUGUUUCAUGAUGGCCAUCAACUUGGUUGGGCAGCGAAUGGACUUGUACUCUGCAAUUCAUGCCUUAUGCCUGACCGCCAUUGUCCAGCGGCGUCGCAGGAAGGCCAUUGCUGAGAUAUGGCCCAAGUAUUGUUGUUUCAUCGCCUGCAUCAUUUCAUUCCAGUAUCUGCUGUGUCUCGGGAUCCCUCCCUCUUUCUGCAAAGAUUAUCCUUGGAGAUCCAGCCUUGGACUGAGUUCCAAUCUGAUUAAGUGGCUGUAUCUGCCAGACUUCAUAAGGAGACCCAAUCCUAUGUUCCUUGUCUAUGACUUCAUGUUGCUGUUGUACGCGUCCAACCAGUGGCAGGUGUUUGAGGAUGAGAACAAAGGAGCAGUGCGGCUUUUGGCCGGGGAGAACACAGAGAUCGGCCGCAGUCUGGAUACAGCCACCGUCAGUCAGUAUAUCCCCGUUGCCAACUUCCUACACUGCAGGUGUUACUUAGACAUGUUGAAAGUGGUGGUCUUCAGCUACCUGUUCUGGUUUGUACUCUGCCUCAUCUUUAUCACUGGGACAAGCAGGAUCAACAUCUUCUGCAUGGGUUACCUGGUGGCCUGUUUCUACUUCCUGCUCUCCGGAGGACAGCUGCUGCUGAAACCUGUCAGGGUUAUAGUCGACCACUGGGACUACUUGAUUGGCUACACUAUCCUGGUGAUUGUGACAAAGAACGUCUUCUCUAUUGGCUCCUGUGUCUACUUGAAAAGCUUGCUUGAGGGGAACUGCUGGGUGGUGCAGACGUUUGGAAUGGCUUGUACGAUCACGGAGUAUGAUCUGCCAAAUACGGACAACCUGCAUGAAGCCUGUGAAGUCCCAAGCAAGCAGGCGGGCAUUAUCUGGGAUAGUGUCUGCUUCCUCUUCCUACUAGCCCAGCGGAGAGUCUUUCUGAGCUAUUACUUUCUGCAUGUGGUCGCAGAUCUGAAGGCUUCAAAGCUCCUGGCAGCAAGAGGAGCUGAACUGUUUGAAGCAAAAGUUAAAAAGGGAAUCACAAUGAGACUGGAGAAAGAAAGGCAAUCCAUGGAGAUGCUGAAGAAACAGAUGGAAAGGAUCAAGGCCAAACAGGAGAAGUACAAGAAAUCAGUACCAAGAUCUGUCAAUAACUCACAUAGGGUCGGAAACUCAAAGUCAGACGAUAAUAAAAAGGACAAAGGUAGCCAGAAGAAUUGGUGGCAGCCCUGGGUAACUCAUAACUCAAUGAUACACAGUGGGAGCUACUACCUGUUCGAUACUGACAGUGAGGAUGAGACAAAGGAGGAAAAUGAAAUUGCUAAAGAUGAAACUCAGAAAUCAUCAGCGUUCCAGUUUGCUUACAUAGCCUUAGUCAAAGACUCAAAGGCAGCAGUGAAGGGAAGACACAAGGAGCUGAAGCAGGUGAAGAGAGCACAGAGAAAGAAGGAGAGGACGCAGCAAGAUGUGAGCAGAUUUGAUUCAAGCGAAGAUGACCUGGAUCUCUUGAGCACAGAGGAACUGGAUUCUCAGCACCCAGAUAACCUCAUCAGAAGAGGUGUCAACAUCGCGACCUUCACCUGGAUGUUUAUUCAAGCACUGGUUGAUGGUUUGAUUGAAUUACUUAACACCAUCUCCAAAGAUAACAUUGAUAUCUCCACCGUGCUGAGGAUAGAACGAUCCAUUCUAAGAAAAGAAUUGAAACAGGGAAAGGUUCCAGACCAGGACAGUAUCCAUCGCUUUUACAAUGCCAAACUGAAAAACCAAGCAUCCUGCAGCUCUGACAGAGACUGGACACAGAACAGGAUGAUGGAGAGAGGGAGAACGGUGACAUCAGGUUUCCAGAAACUGGCCAGUAUUAAUUCCAUGCUCUCCAGGGACAGCAGUGUGUCAAGCUGUAACACUGAAGUCACUAUACUGGGCUCCAGACAGCCGACCUGCGAUAAUGUAGAUGAGACUGAGGUCCCAACGCCCAGCAGUUACAGUAGGUGGACACUGCAGAAGAUGCCCCAGAUUGACAUGUCCUUGGACAGUGAGAUUUUGAGUGCACCAGCCCAGUCUGUCUUGCUACAUUCACAGCAGGGAACCAUAGAGGAAGAGGAAGGUGAAGACAUUGCCGAAGGCUGCAUAACUCUGUGUUCUCACAAAUCUGAUAUCCCGCCUGGCUACAACACAGUAGUAGGCAGCCUCUCCGAGGAGAACUUGUACUCAGAGCCUGAAGAGCAGAAAUUGAAAACAGGCCAAGGAACUCUUGACUAUCAGAGCUGCCUCCUAACAGCAAGUGAUCUGAUGCUGAACAAAAUGUUCCAUGAUACUGAGCUGGAGGAGUCGGACAAAUUCUACAGUAACUUGCCUUGCCUCUUGAAGCUUCUGUUUGCCUUGUACAACACCAUGAUGUCGCAGUCAGACAUGCUGUGCUACUUUGUCAUAAUCCUCAACCACAUGGUCUCUGCCUCGUUGCUCACCUUGGUUCUCCCCAUCCUUGUCUUCCUCUGGGCAAUGCUCUCCAUGCCAAGGCCGAAGAAACGGUUCUGGAUGUUUGCCAUCCUGUACACUGAGAUUACCGUGGUUGUGAAAUACUGCUUUCAGUUUGGCUUCUUUCCUUGGACCACCUCUUCCUAUCGAUUGCUUUACUUCAAUCAACCUUUCUACCUGCCUAACAUCAUCGGCAUUGAGAAGAAGGAUGGUUAUGUGCACUAUGACCUUAUCCAGUUACUGGCUCUGUUCUUGCAUAGGUCAGUCCUCAAGCGUCACGGUCUGUGGGAUUCCCAUGACGCACAGAAGGAGCAGAAACAAGGCAAAGGAGAAGCGAAGGAAGAGAACAGCUACACUGAGAGCACAGAGGACAUGGCAAGGGCGACAGGGAGGAAAGGCGUUUCCAGGCGAUUGUCAAGACGACUAGACAGGGGAGACAGAACAAAAAUUUCAAAGCGAUCGAAAAAGAAGAAAAGGCAACAACCAAAGUCAUGCAGUGGGUUAAGAGAAACCAUCAAGGAAUGGAUAAGGGAGAAAGGGCGGAGAGUGAAACGAUACAUCAUCACCCUAGCUCUUCAGAUCUUCCUGCCCAUGAAGCAAUUCUUCUACAACAUCAUCCAUCCUGAGUAUAACGCUGUGUGCGAUGUCUACGCUCUGAUGUUUCUGAUCGAUGUCAUUAACUUCAUCAUCAUUGUUUUUGGAUAUUGGGCAUUUGGAAAGCACACGGCUGUGGCCGACAUCACAGAGUCCAUCUCAGAGGACCACGUGCCCCAUGUCUUCCUGGUGAUGGUGCUGGUCCAGUUUGCCAGCAUGGUGGUCGACCGCGCUCUCUACCUCCGCAAGACCGUCCUGGGGAAAGUUGUCUUUCAGGUCGUUCUGGUGCUUGGGAUCCACUUCUGGAUGUUCUUUAUUCUCCCCGGGAUAACGGAGAGGAGGUUUAACCAAAACCAAAUUGCCCAGCUAUGGUAUUUCGUUAAGUGCAUUUACUUAGGCCUGUCGGCAUAUCAGAUCAAAUGUGGCUACCCAAACCGAGUCCUGGGCAACUUCCUGACAAAGAGCUACAACUACUUCAACCUGUUCCUCUUUCAGGGGUUCCGGUUGGUUCCCUUCCUGAUGGAGCUGAGAGCAGUGAUGGACUGGGUCUGGACAGACACCACACUCAGCAUCUCCAGUUGGAUUUGCGUGGAGGACAUUUACGCCAACAUUUUCAUCCUGAAAUGCUGGAAUGAGUCAGAGAAGAGAUAUCCACAGGCAGUUGGCCAGAAGAAGAACAUGUUGGUGAAAUACGGGAUGGGGGGCCUCAUCAUCACUUUGCUGAUCUGCAUCGUAUGGUUCCCACUGCUCUUCAUGUCAUUGGUCAAGUCUGUGGGGGGAGUGACCAGUCAACCCCUGGAUGUCUCCAUCAAGAUCAGCUUUGGUGGAUAUGAGCCUCUGUUCACAAUGAGUGCACAGCAGCAGAACCUCAGCCCCUUCUCCACUGCCGCUUACAAUCGUCUCAGCAGUCAGUAUGCCCUUUACCCGGCUGCUAUGCAGUUUCUGGUGAAUUACAAGCCUGAAGACAUAAUGAUAGCUCACAUGAAGAGUGAUGCCCACUUGCUGUGGAGCAUUAGUCCGGCUAGCCUCAGGGCCAUGAAAGAGGAAUUAAUCAACUCUUCGCAGGUUUACAUCCACCUUCACUGGACCAUCCUGAGGAAUGCUUCUCUCACGCUGAAUCCUGAAACUUCUGGUGAACACACCGUGCUCUGCACAGAUAAGGAAGUCAGAAAGAAGUUGGUUCAGCUCUUGGAAGGGUCCCGUAAGAAGCCGGUGGUAAUUCAGGGAUUACUCCCAAAGUACAUUCGAGCAACGCACAAGACUGAAGCCAAACCAGCUUAUCGUCUGCGAUUAGGUACACGUGGUUCUAGAAAUAAUCAGGACAACCUUGCCUUCUACAGGAAUAUCUCUCUGCAUUUGGAAGAGGAACCAGGGCAAGGCAACACCUCAUACACCAAAGUUAAGUGGUGGAAGAUCAAAGAAUGGAGCCCCCACUGUGCAAGCCAGGGUUGCAGCAACAUGCAACUCAUUAUCUUCAAUGAUAAAGUCAGCCCUUCCAGUCUGGGCUUCCUGGCUGGAUACGGAAUCGUUGGUCUGUAUAUGUCUGUUGUGCUUGUCAUUGGGAAGUUUGUCCGUGAGUUCUUCAAUGGCAUCUCCCGCUCCAUUAUGUUUGAGGAGCUACCCAACCCCGAUCGAAUCUUGAAGCUCUGCACCGAUAUCUUCCUGGUCCGUGAGAUGGGGGAGUUGGAACUGGAAGAACAACUCUUUGCCAAACUCAUUUUCCUUUACCGAUCUCCUGAGACCAUGAUCAAGUGGACUCGGGAGAAACAGCAUUAGCUGAUUCAGGCUGAGUUGAACUGUUUGGACACUCAGAAAAGGACCGAUUACACAGAGGGAACUUUAUACAGUCCUGGGUUCCAUCAAAUUCUUCGUUACAGUGCCAUAAAUGAAAGAAAAUUUGCAUGUUUGCUGGCUUCAGAAUGCACUAGACUGAACCUUUUGUUUGUCAUAUAUGCCCCAGAGGUGGCUCCUGCUCUGUAAGUGGGAAGGAACUAGCGACUGCAUUAUAGGUCAACUUAGUUGCUGUCAAAAAGAACAUUACCUCUCAGAUGACUCUGGUCUCAGGCAUUGUACAGUUUUAUAGUCAAUGCUACCUUCUGUUUCAAGAACCUAACACCUCAGAAGUAACAGGAAAAGACAGCUGUAAAUGAGAUUAAUGGUUUGGCAACAGUCCAUCCUCCUCCCUCCCCAGUUUAAAGGUCUUUCCUUUCUCUGUCAGUGACUCACCAUUUGCUGCUGAGCACUCAAACUGUGUGGCUGCUCAACACUGCUACUGUCUGACUCGUGGUGCGUUGGACAUUCAUUGAUAAAGGGCAGGAGUACUUUGGCACAGAAGCUGAUCUUCUGCCUUGCCACCUCUAACAAAAACUUACUUUACCUGCAUUGCAAUUAUGAUGGUGAAUUAAUUUUUAUGGUGGAAAAGAAUGGGAUUUACUCCGGAUCUUCUUGUCGCAGCUGGGUGCAAUUAAAGGAACAGCAGGCACGUCCUGUAAACAUGCAGCAGUUGUAUGUGGAAAACUGACAGCAAGGGUCACCUCUUUCACCUUUCCAGUGGGACUUCCCAACGAGGUUUAUUCUGGAGUGACACCCCAUGUUCACAGAUUGCUGUAGUUCUAUAACCUAGCACUUUCAGAAACCUUGCACAUUGGGCAGGCUGGUGCUUCACACUGAUGGCGGGGGGGGGGGAGAGAGAGAGUACUUCUGCUUUGCAACAGGAUGAAAUUUUCAUUAAUGGUCAGUACUUUGGAAUACAGGAAAAGGGAAUGUCUACAGAUUAACUAUCAUUUCAUUAAAAGGCUACACAGACAUGCAGUAAAUAACCAUUCCCUGUUUCUAUGCCAUCAGCACACCUUGCAUUUCUAUAAAUAAACCUUGAAACUGUUACUUAUUUUAAGUUGGGUUCUGUGUUGGUCUCUCUGCAGGUUUUUAACAUUGUCCAGUUUGGAAGAACAAGGUGGGGUAUAAGAGAAUUUUGGAUUUUAUUUGGUCUGAAGAAAAGAAAUCCCAAGGUAGCCUAUUCUGCCACAAGAUGAAAAAGGAAGUUAACUCUGAAUCUUUUCCCCCUACCCUGUGAGUGUCUGAGACAGA